AUGUAUACUGUCAAAUUCGAAAGUGAUGAGCCUUUUGUAUAUUCUGUCUUCGGCAUCCAAUAUCCGACUGGAAAACCAAGCAAAGCCCAGGAAGACCGGACAAAUGAAUUUAACAGCUUGAUCACUGGCUAUCCGUCCCACAUCGACUGUUUAAUGCAAGAUGGUUGUGCGUCUAUUUCCCAUGGAACUACUUUCGUCUGGCUUGCCUACUGGAAGUCCAGCCAAAAUUAUCAGGAUUGGUGGAACCAGAAAGCCGUCUCACACUUUUGGAACAGCCUCCCAAGCGAUUCCGGUAUCUGGAGAGAGAUUCUGACACCUUCACCUCGAAGAAGUCAAUAUGGAACCAGCCAGGAACAUGAGACAGGAAUGGGCCAUUUGGGUUCUCGAGUCUCGCUCGGUGACAAAGCCGGUUACUGGGGAUGUUAUCGAGAUCGGAUGGCUGACUCUGCCACCGAUACGUUCGCAUCACACCUCAACUCGGAGCCGGUUUGCCUCAUGAAAGCUGGAUCAAGACCCAGCUGUCCUGGUCGCGUUCAGAUUACACAUUAUCCUGACAACCUCUGCUUUGUAGUCGAAGGUCAAGAUCACUCUGCCCUCUCGGCUGAAGAACGGGAGUAUUGGUUUGAAAAUUUUGAUGCCUCAGUCAAUCAAUGGAUCAAAGAUCUUUUGGCUUCAGGGCCUGAUUCUGGAAUCUUAGAUGCUCGCUUGUGUUUUGAGCCCGAAAAGGGCACAUUCCGCAACUCAGAACCUCGCGCUUUAAACUAUAACAAGAAGGUUCAAUUAUUUUACUUCAAAGAUUUGCGUCACAUGGAACGCAUUGGGCGUCUUAACAAAGGACACGUUGACUUGAGGAAGCGUUUUCUUGAAUCCUAUGGACCAGAAGGAGCAAUGGCUGGUGGAAAUAUUUGCUUAUGGGUGGAAACAACAGUUUUGAAAGCGGAUGAAGUUGAAUGCGAAUAUAUUGGCUGUGCUGAGGGUACUGGCUUCAUGAGGACCAUGGAAUGCUGA